AUGAGGCCAGCUCCUCAGGGGUCUAGGGGGCCCCCUGAGAGGCUGUGUGCGAGUGGGAGCGCGGACGGUUCUCUGCGUUUGUUUAAUUUAUUGGAGUGUAAGCGGGCGGAUGCAUGCGCAGCAGCAGCAGCUGCAUGCACAGACAUACCUAUGGGGCUGGUUGCUGAGCUGUAUGGGGCUACGUGGGGCCACAACGACUGGGUCACCUGCUGCGCUUUUGCUGCUGGAGACUGUCUCCUUUCUGGGGGUAUGGAUGGCCGCGUCUGUCUCUGGCCUGAUGUCUCCUCUCCCUCUACAUACACAGAGAGAGAUAUAGAUUCUUUUUGGGGGCCCCAAACACCAUACGAGGAGCAGCUGGAGCACGAGCAGCUGCUGCAGCAGCAGCUGCAGCAACUCACUACCAGAGCAACCAGGGGCCCCCGCAGGGGGCCCCCCAGACCAGAAGGGGGUACUAGGAAGAGGAGAAUACGCUCGACCGAGAUUCUCCCUGGGCACCGCGCGGGUGUCAGUGACCUGAAGGUGAGGGGCCCCUGGGGGGCCCCCCCUGGGUCCGCUGGGGCCCCUGGGGGCCCCGGGUGCCCCGAGGGCCCCAAUGAGGACCCCCUGGCUGCUUCUGUAGGGUACGAUGGGUCUCUGCGUCUGUGGAAUGUAAAGGGGAGGAGACAGAUAGCUGAGCUGCCUGCUGUCGAUCUAGCAGCAGGGGGGUCUCUAUGUGAGCUGUCUCCGUUGCUGCAGUUUGUGUGGCUCAAUGCUUUUGCUGCUGCUGGUAGCCGCAGCGGCUCGGUGUAUGUAUGGGACCUGAAUGCAGCAAAAGUAGCAGCAACAGUAACAGCAGCACACAACGGGGCUGUAGGGGACCUUCAGUUGCUGCUACCCCCACCAGAAGCAGCAGCAGCAGCAGCACCAAGCGUCACAGACAUCAGCAGCAGCAGCAGCAGCAGUGGGUUUGUUCCGCUGCUUCUCUCUGGGGGGAGAGGAGACGGGCGUCUCUGUGUCUUCGACUUGCGUUGUCUCCCUUCAGCUGUAUGUACAGCUUGGGCCCACCCAGCAGCCCUCAACGCAGUGCUGCCGCUGCGGCGGGGUGGGGGCCCCCUACCCUGUUCUGCUGUUGCUACCCUGGGUGCCGAUGGCUGCUGCAAGCUAUGGGACCUGAGGUGUACAGACACCCCAACAGCCAACGUGCAUGCAUCCACUCGUGGCUUCUUGUGUGGGGCUGUCAUCGAUGAACAAAUGGGCUUUCUUUGUGCUGGCGCAGCAGAAGGAGCUGUAUACAUGCUCGAUAUGGGCCUUGGGGGGGGGGCCCCAGCUGCUGCUACCCUUGGGGGGCCCCCAGCUGCUGCUACCCAUGGGGGGCCCCCCGCUGCUGCUACCCUUGGGGGGCCCCCCGCUGCUGCUACCCUUGGGGGGGCCCCAGCUGCUGCUACGCGUAGGGGGCCCGCACUCAUCCAUACCUUCGGGGGGUUCCUAGCUGCUACUAUGGGUGGGGGGCCCCCAAGGCCCAAGCUGCAGCAGCAGCAGCAGCAGCAACAGCUGCAGCUGCAGCAGCAGCAGCAGCAGCAGCAGCAGAAGGAGAAGAAACAGCAGCAGAGACAGCAGCACAGAGACAGGACAGAAGCAGCAGCAGAUGCAUGGGUCCCUCUUCAGCUGCCAGAGGUGACAACACAGCAGCACAACCCCUAA